UUCAAAGUAGUUAGUUAGUAUGGCACUUGGUCGCUCAGUACUUAUUAUUCCGGUUCUUUUUUGCCAAUGCAUUCUGGGCUUAGCCGAACCGGAAACUUUAGUAUGUGGACGUGUUGUAGGAGGUGUUUCGGCAGCUACUGAUGCAGCGCCUUACAUUGUUUCGCUUCAAGCGGGAAGUGUACACUACUGCGCCGGUAGCAUUUUAAAUGCGAAUUGGGUGGUCACGGCGGCCCAUUGUCUUACUUCAAAGUCGCAAGUGUUGAGCAGUACACUGGUCGCAGGCAGUAACGAUGUUACGGGCACUGCAAGUACCACACAAAAACGUGCGAUCAGCUCCUAUGUGGUGCACAGUCUUUACACUGGUGGCAUAGCACCCUACGACAUCGGUCUCGUGUACACUGCAACAGCUUUUCAAUGGACCAGUGCAGUGAAGCCAGUCACGUUGCCAUCAUCUGGAGUAGUUCCAACAGGAAGUGCAGAUUUAUAUGGCUGGGGUUCGACAUCAACUACAACAGUACCAUCUUAUCCCACUAUGCUACAAGUGGCCAAGAAUAUACCCAUUAUUAGUGAAUCCGCAUGUGUGAGUGCACUAGGAACCAAAGGUGCUGAUGUUCAUUCAACGAAUAUAUGCACUGGGCCACUAUCUGGAGGCAUUGGAAUUUGUACAUCUGACUCGGGUGGUCCAUUGGUUCAAACAUCGAACGGUGAAACUAUUCUAAUUGGCAUUGUUUCAUGGGGAAAGAUACCAUGUGGUCAACCUAAUUCGCCAUCAGUGUACGUGCAAGUAUCUGACUUCAUUUCAUGGAUUUCUUCCAACCAGUAAAUAAAAUAGUCGAGCCAAUAUUCAGGAAAUUAAAUGAUGUAAUAAAGAUAUAACGAAAAUGAACGCAUUU